GAGGAAGCGAAGGGCUCAGCAGGGGCGUACCCAGGAAGUACCGCACUCAACCCUGCUGCUUUGGCCCGAGGGCAGCGCGGGGCGUGAGCGGGGGGCCUGCUGCUGGUGCUGAUCAUGUCGGCUAGAAACCCGGGCACGGAGCUGGACCUUGGCUCGAUCUCAAGAGUGCAAGUGAAUCAACCUGCAGUUAUAAGGCAUGCAGAACAAAUUCAGGCACGAAGAACUGUGAAAAAGGAUUGGCAAGCUGCUUGGCUACUGAGAGCUGUCACCUGCAUAGACCUCACCACCCUCUCAGGUGAUGACACCCCUUCAAACAUUCACAGGCUUUGUUACAAAGCCAAACAUCCAAUCAGAGAGGAUCUUUUGAGAGCCAUGAAUAUGCAUGAUAAAGGUAUUACUACAGCAGCUGUCUGUGUGUAUCCAGCUAGAGUAGCUGAUGCUGUUAAAGCACUCAAGGCUGCUGGUUGUAACAUACCAGUAGCUUCAGUGGCAACUGGGUUUCCAGCUGCACAGACUUCACUGAAAAACCGAUUAGAAGAGAUUAGGAUAGCAGUGGAAGAUGGUGCCAGAGAGAUUGACAUUGUAAUUAACAGAACCCUUGUGCUGACUGGCCAGUGGGAAGGCCUCUAUGAGGAGAUCCGUCAGUUUCAUCAGGCCUGUGGAGAUGCUCACAUGAAAACAAUCUUGGCAACAGGAGAGUUGGGAUCACUUACCAAUGUCUACAAAGCCAGCAUGGUAGCGAUGAUGGCAGGUUCUGAUUUUAUUAAGACCUCUACAGGAAAAGAAGCAGUUAAUGCCACCCUUCCAGUAGGCAUAGUCAUGGUACGAGCUGUUAGAGAUUUCUACUGGAAAACUGGCAACAAGGUUGGAUUUAAACCUGCUGGAGGCAUUCGUAGUGCAAAGGAUGCUCUUACCUGGCUCGUAUUGAUGAAGGAGGAGCUAGGAGAUGAGUGGCUGAAACCAGACCUCUUUCGCCUAGGUGCCAGUACUUUGCUGUCCGAUAUCGAGAGACAGAUUUACCAUCAUGUGACUGGCAGAUAUGCAGCUUACCAUGACCUGCCAAUGGCUUAGCCAUAUGAGUAAUUCAGGAUGAUUUUUAUAAAGAGAAUUUUAAGAAAAUAAUAUCCUAAAGUCUUUCCUGCAACUGAGUCCAAAAGUGCAUAUAAAAGAACCAAUUUUCUGUCUUCAUAUUUUUGUUGUAUUUAAAAAUAUGUUCAAGUCUAGUCGAUGGUGCUUGAGUCAAAAUGGGGGGAUUUGGAGGGGUGGAAAGUAAAUCUGAAAUAGUAAAGAUUUGCAGUGUUAAUAACAUAAAGUCUUCCUCAGACCAGCCUGAAAAGCAUAUCAGUGGCAAUGAUAACAUUGUAAUACUAUGAAAAAGUUUUAAAUCGCCUAAUAAUGCUUUCCAGGAGCCGAAUAUGAAGUAUCUGUGGAAUGCUACAGAUCUCUAAUUACUUUCAAGAGCUACAGAUUUUGCAUUUUUUUCCCAUGUCAAUUAGUCUGCAGCUUUAGCCAUAGACAUGUUGCUCUAUUAAUUGUUACUUUAAUUAUAUUACAGACACUGUAAUCGGAGACAAUGAAACUUGGCUAUUUUUUUUUUUAAUAAAAUGUCAUUGUAGCUAAAGCCAAAUUUUUCAAACUUGAGUAGUUAUAGUUAAGUAUCUACAUCCCUGAUUUCCAGAAUAGCUGAGCAGCCACAGUUGCUACUGAUGUUAAUGAGAUCAGAACCACUGGAAAUCUGUAUCUCGAUGCCUAAAUAUACAUUCAGGUGCCUAUCUUUAGACACUCAAGUAUGAAAAUUUCAGCCUAACUUGCUUGGCAAAAACCUAAUUUUUAAACACGUUCAUGCAGAACUUUGCAUUUUAAUGUACAGGUUCAGAGUGUCCGUGUCUGAAUGUUGCUGCUGUACAAGAACUUACAGGCUGAGUUUUCGACUUUGUCUGUCUAAAAACAACUUACUUUUGAAAUUUUUAAAAUGUAUAUGUAAAAAGAUCAGUUAUUUGAGAGGUAUCCCCUAUACAGGGCUGCUCCCUGUCUUUUACACAUUGGGUAAAGUAGUGUUUACACUUACAACAUCGUAACAAUAAUACCCAACUCACUACCCAUCUGCUGAUCAAACUUCAGAGAGUUGAAUGUACUAUGUCAUCACUGCAUUCUUCUUGGUAACUAGAAAUAUGGUAAAUCUUGAUUAUCUCAUUACUGUAACUAGUCCCACUGACUUCAACGGGACAAAUCAUGUGAUUAAGGUGGGAGGGAUUUAGCCACAUAUCAAACUGCUAGUUUCAAGGAGAUUCUUGUCAUGUAAAAAUCAAGAUUUGGUUUAUUUAAUAUUGAAGUUCUACCAGAGUUCCAGUGCUUUAAAGUAGCGUACUGUACUAUUAGACAAAUGGAUAUGUUGAACAGUAGGAAAAAUGGAGUACGGUAUUUGCAGAGAAUAUAAUCCUAUAUGCAAUACUUGGUACUAGAAAAUAGGUUUUAAGCUGAUUUCCUAGCAGGCAAUAGAGUCCAAGUGCCUUUGACCUUUUCUGGUUUCCUCCUGCAGCACACAAGAAUCAGCCUUUUAGACUGAGCUGUGUAGCCAUGUUUGCAUAUAUUCUUUUUCAAAAUGAAGGUAGUGCUUUUUAUCACAGAGCUUCUCUCUGACUUCGUUGCAAGUCUCUAUGAAGGAAAAUUCCAGUUCUUGGGUAGAAUAACUUUGUGGCAAAAUUCUGCUCCUGUGCCUGAGUGCCCAUGCCAUGGAGGGAGGCAAAGGUAUGGCCCAAUGCAGCCACUUCACACGGAAUAGGUGGCAGGCUAGUAUCACUUGCAAUUGUUAAGGGCUUGUCUACAUUUAGCACUGGAUCGAUGGGCAACGAUCGAUCCAGCGGGGGUCGAUUUUAUCGCAUCUAGUUUAAAUGCGAUAAAUCGACCGCUGAGUGCUCUCCCAUCAACUCUGGUACUCUACCAGGGCGAGAGGCGCAGGCGGAGUCGAUGAGAGAGCGGCAGCCGUUGACUUACCGCAGUGAAGACACCAUGGUAAGUAGAUCUAAGUAUGUCGACUUCAGCUACGCUAUUCAUGUAGCUGAAGUUGCAUAGCUUAGAUCGACCCCCCCUCUCCCCCCCGCCCACUGUAGACCAGGCCUAAGUCACAGUCAGAGAAGAGCAACCAUAACAUGUAUUCAGCAUAUAUUUGUAUUUUUAUACAAAACCAUUUCAGAGGAGGAUCAUUUCAGAGGAGGAAAAAUGUAGCUCCUGUGCUAAGACCUUCCAGUCCCAAUAUUUUGGCCUAAAGCUAUUUUUUUAAUUGCUGAAUUUCAGACAUUUUUGUAAGAAUUUAUGUACAACAUAGGGACUAAUAGCAUUCUGAGAUCCAUAGACGAAGAGUGCUGUAUAGGUGCUGAUAUGGCUAAAGGACCAGUUGCUGCCACCUUCGCUACUCAACAUGAGUAACUUGCUUUGCAAGUAAUCGCAUUGAUUUCAGUGGGGCUACUCCUAUAAUUCUGUAUUACUUAAUCUGAAUAAAUGGGGCAGAAUAUGCCACAUAGCAUAGUUAGGUGCCAAGCAAAAUUGUACACAUUUCUGCCAGUGCACUCCCAAUUCUUGACCCGCAACACCUGUUGUCCCAGUUUGUUUUAUUUUGUUCUUUUCUUCUUCUUUAGACUCCCAUUAUACAGCCACUGAGGUAAACCUAGAUUUAAACACAGCCUUUUGCAACUCCUCUGAGCCAUCCACUGCUCCUCAUGUCUUUUCUUCAAGGUGUUAAAAAAAAAAAAAUGACCCAA